GAGAUCUUAACCAUAACCGAACUCUAACUCUAACCUCGCGAGAGUUCGUCCCUCCAGUUUAUCCAACCUAGCAUUGCAUUUUCUCUGCAUUAAAGUAACAUUUCAUUAUAACGUCAACCUGACCGACAGUGAGUAAUUAACCGCUAGUCAUUUGACUUUAGCGGGACUUAAUUAACGGACACGGCGGUAACUUUGAACGGAAGGGACAUUUACAGUUGUUGCAAACUGCGGUGACAGUUUCAUCAGCAGGUCUUUCAGUGAAGGGAGGAGUCGUGCUGAUGCAGAGCCCACCUCUGCUUCAGCUGUCUGAAUGAUAAAUGAAGGAAUAAGAUGAGCAGGACUCAGUAAAAGACGUUACAGAGGGCAGUAAAGGCAUUAUACUGACCAUGCUGCUGCAGAGGCUGACACUGUGUUCAAGGAUCCCACCGGAUUCCCUGAGACACGUACGCUGGUUGCUCACCAGACCACUGUUGCAAGCUCCCCAGGGAAGGGCCCAUGGCAGCUCCUUUGCCCACCGCGGUGAACUGCGCCAGGCUAAGAGGAUUGUAGUCAAGCUCGGCAGUGCUGUGGUCACCCGCGGUGAUGAGUGUGGUCUGGCUCUGGGGAGGCUGGCCUCCAUCGUGGAGCAGGUGGCAAUGCUGCAGAAUCAAGGCAGGGAGAUGAUGAUUGUCACCAGUGGAGCAGUGGCCUUUGGCAAGCAAAGGUUAAGACACGAGAUCCUGCUGUCUCAGAGUGUCCGACAGGCCCUGCACUCUGGACAAAAUCAACUCAAAGAUAUGUCUCUGCCAGUGCUUGAGGCCCGGGCCUGCGCUGCGGCUGGACAGAGCGGUCUGAUGGCCCUAUAUGAGGCCAUGUUCACCCAGUACAGCACCUGCACCGCACAGGUCCUUGUGACAAAUCUGGAUUUCCAUGAUGACCAAAAGAGGCAGAACCUCAACAGCACGCUGCAGGAGCUGUUGCGCAUGAACAUCGUGCCCAUUAUCAACACAAACGAUGCCGUGGUGCCCCCGCCGGAGCCCAACAGCGACCUGCAGGGGGUAAAUGUGAUCAGCAUUAAGGACAAUGACAGCCUGGCGGCGCGGCUAGCUGUAGAGAUGAAGGCUGACCUCCUCAUCGCACUGUCUGACGUGGAAGGACUGUACAACAGCCCCCCUGGGACAGAUGACGCCAAGCUCAUUGACAUCUUCUACCCUGGAGACCAGCAGUCCAUCACCUAUGGUACGAAGUCCAGAGUUGGAAUUGGAGGCAUGGAGGCUAAGGUCAAAGCUGCCCUCUGGGCGCUGCAAGGUGGCACCUCAGUGGUCAUUGCGAAUGGCACUCACCCCAAAGUAACAGGUCAGGUCAUCACUGACAUUGUGGAGGGCAAGAAGGUGGGCACCUUCUUCUCUGAGAUCAAACCUGCUGGCCCAACUGUAGAGCAGCAGACAGAAAUGGCACGCAGCACUGGAAGAACACUGGCAUCUCUGCACCCAGACCAGAGGAGUGAGAUAAUCUGCCAUCUAGCAGAGCUUUUGACUGAAAGGAAGGAAGAGAUUCUGGCUGCCAACAAGAUGGACAUGGACCUGGCUGUCAAUGCAGGCCAUUUGCCACCUGCCAUGCUGAAGCGUCUGAGCCUGUCACCAGCCAAACUUAACAGUUUGGCUAUAGGUCUGCGUCAGAUAGCUGUAGCAGCCCAGGACAGUGUGGGUCGUGUGCUGCGCAGGACCAGGGUGGCUCACAACCUGGAGCUGGAGCAGAUCACUGUGCCCAUUGGGGUUCUUUUGGUCAUCUUUGAAGCUCGACCUGACUGCCUGCCACAGGUGUCAGCCUUGGCCAUAGCUAGUGGCAACGCCCUCCUUCUGAAGGGAGGCAAGGAGGCGGCCAACACCAACCGUGUCCUCCACCAGCUCGCCCAGGAAGCCCUUUCCAUGCACGGAGUCAAAGAGGCUAUUCAACUGGUGAGCACUCGUGAGGAGGUGGAGGAUCUGUGCCGACUGGACAAGAUGAUUGAUUUGAUUAUCCCAAGAGGUUCAUCCCAGCUGGUGCGAGACAUUCAGCGGGCGACCAAGGGCAUUCCAGUGCUGGGUCACAGCGAGGGAAUCUGCCAUGUCUACGUCGAUGUAGAUGCCAGUGUCGACAAAGUCAUUAAGAUUGUCAGAGACUCAAAGUGUGAUUACCCAGCUGCAUGUAAUGCCAUGGAAACUCUGCUGAUCCACCGGGACAUCCUCAGGACGCCGCUGUUUGACCAGAUCAUUGACAUGCUGCGCAAUGAACGAGUGAAGAUCCAUGCAGGCCCUCGGUUCGUGUCCUACCUGACAUUUAGCCCGUCAGAGGCCAAGUCAUUGCGGACAGAGUACGGUGACCUGGAGUGCUGUGUGGAGGUGGUGGACAGCAUGCAGGAGGCUGUGGACCAUAUACACAAGUAUGGCAGCUCUCACACGGACGUUAUCAUCACAGAAAACGAGGACACAGCAGAGCAGUUCCUGCAGCAGCUGGACAGCGCCUGUGUUUUCCGGAACGCCAGCUCACGUUUUGCUGAUGGCUACCGCUUUGGACUGGGAGCAGAGGUAGGUAUCAGCACGGCGCGUAUCCAUGCCCGGGGCCCCGUGGGCCUGGAGGGGCUGCUCACAACCAAGUGGGUUCUGAGAGGUGAUGGGCACACGGCAGCCGACUUCUCUGAGAACGGUACCAUGAAGUACCUCCAUGAAAACCUGCCUAUCGGGCAGCCUCUAGCUGGGCAGAGGGACAGCAACUAGACCAGAGACACUUACCCACUCACUUGGCCUUAACAGUGGUCGAAAAUUGUUUGCCCACCAGCAGUCUUGUUGCAAAUAAUGGCUGAUGUCACUGUUUUAAACCUCUGAAGCGCACAGCAUGGAGAGAGACGCUCAACACUCUAAUGAUCUAUUCUAUCAGCACAACUACACAGGUGUCUCUGUUCUACCUAUACUGUUGUUCAGGGACUAAGAGUUUACAAAGGUUUAAGUUCUACCUCAGCUUGUGAUACUAAGUCACCCUCAUUGGCCCCGGCAGGAGGUAUUUAUGUGGUGAUCACAACACAUAAUACCUCUAUAGUUAGAAACUUGUGACCAAGAAGGGGGUUAACCAUGAUUACUUACUUUUAAGACAAACUGCACAAUUGUUAUUAGACAUGCGUCAAAAGAAACUGAAGUUGGCAAGUUGUAUCUUUUUAAAUCUAAAGUAUUUUUUUCUGUUCUCAUAAAAACUCAAGUUGCUGCUGUAAUUGAGUUAUGUAACUGAAAGCUUAACUUUGUUGUAGCUGAUUGCAUUCACUCAUUAUCCACAAGGUUCAUACUGAUCGUACUGUAAGUGCUUUCUUUGUUCAUGUAACAUCAUUUUUUUUCCCUUUUCUUUCUGUAUUUUCUCUUACUUUCUUGAUGUACAAACCUUUUACUUAAAGGCGCUGGUCUAGGUAAUUUCAGACAUGGACUAAUACCACUAUAAGUUUGCAUUUAAUAGAUUUUUAUUUUUAACUUUCUCUUAGUUUAACCAAAUCCUGGUUAGUGACAGAUUUUAAGACUUCCUGUAGUAAAACCUAAUUACAGGAUUGAAAUUAGAAUAAAAUAGUAUGUAAUUAUAUAAUAUAGUAAUUAUCAGAAAUUUAUGAGAUCUGUUAUAUAGUACUGCAAGUUAAAAUACAAUCCAACUUUUAUGCAUUGCUUUUCCUUACUUUUUUUUUUUUUAUUUGAUCAUUGUUACAACUUGUUCUCAUUUUUCCAUGCUUUGCUGCUUGUUCCUUGUGGUGCCCAGAGCCUCUGUCAGAGCAGGAACAGUAAUUGACAAGCUGCCUCCUUCAAGCUGGAGGGGAAAACGCGACUGCUUUUAAAUUAAGCUCUGUAACAUUCCAGCCUCUGAGCUCCUAUCUGAUGUCUUGUAAUGCACACUUAAGGAUUGGUUUGGAUUGUUUUAAUAGCACUAUUGUAGAAUUUUAAAAAAUGUUAAAAAAGAAUAUUUGGAAAUUGAAGUUCUUAAUUUCUUUGAUUUUUGCAGUUGAAAUGUUGAGGGUUUUUUUUUUUUUACUCAUAUGUUCAUCUCUGUCCUGGCACUAGUCUUUCUAUUUUCACAAAGAACACAAAUUAAUGGGAAAAAAAAGUCUGAUCUGAAAAACAGAUGUCUAAAAAGGGCCUUUUUAAAGUUGCCCAUAGGGGAAUUCGCAUUGCUGGAAGUGGGGCAAGGAAGAUGGAAGACAAUACUAUAGAGGUUUAAUUAUCCAGCCAUCAGAAAUGAAAAGAGGGAGAAGGAGAACUGAGACUAAUAAUGGAAUCACAGGCUUAUGUUCUGGGUUUCUCUGUUUCUUUCUUUUCUUUCUCUCUUCUAUCAUCUAAAGAAUUCAUUCUCCAAAACGCACUACUUACCCUUCAAUCAGCUUCCCAUCACCAAGUCCAAAGGGUUCAGAGAUAAAGAGGGAGACAAAACUCGGAUCUCACUCUUUUGUCCUUUUUAUGUGUGAAGCGAUUGAAAAUAUCAUCUAAAUGACUUGAGGUAGAGAAGGAACAAUCCAGGGACAUUGAGUAUUGCCUGUUUGGUGCAUUGUGUUUUAUGGAAUUGUAUUUUACAAUAUCAGAUGCAUCAAAGUUGUUUGCUACAGUUACAGUAGCUAUUCAGGUGUACGUGUGUUUACCCAGUUGAUAUACAGUAUUAACACCAGUUUUCUACUUAAGCAUCAACAGGACACUGGAGAGUGUUUUCUUAUGGAAUUAGGCUUCAAUUGCCAGGUUUCGAACUGGAAUUCCUCUGUUUUAUUCUAAGGUCUAGUAACUGCAUGGUUUUGCAUUGAAAUAUUCAUAUCUUUGCAAUAAACUGUGACCCUGUGUGUCAGAUUAAACAAAAUUGUUCCCAA